AAUCAGUUAAAUAUUCUGGUCUGACAAAUUUUAAUUUAGUUUGAUUGAGUAUUUAUUCAUUCAUAAAAAAAAUCUAGUCAAAUAAACUAUAAUGGCUCGAAUAGCACGUAUGGUAUUUACUUCGUUGUCACUAUUUUUGGGAAUGUUCUUUUUUUUCUUCGGUCUUAUCAAAGUAUCACGAUCAUUGAAUUCAGAAAUUCAUCGAGAAAUGCGACGAAAUUUUGUCCGUUAUGCUAAAGUAAUUCCAUUGUUGACCACCAAUUUAGGCUGGAAAAUAUCACCAAAAUAUUAUCGUUUGUGUGUCGGAUAUUCCGAAAUUAUAGCCGGAUUAUUGUUAGCAUUCUGUCCGGGUCGUACAAAACAAUUGGUCAAUGUCUUCCUUAUCGCUCUAUCUAUUGGUGCCAUUCAUACUCAUCUGGCAAUUGGUGAUGAUUAUAAUAAAAUGAUACCAGCGAUAGCCUUCUUUUCGAUGCUCACUACUCGAUUGAUUUUAUACUUUCUUCUCAGACGUAUUGAUCAACAACAGUCAGAAUCAGUAUCAUUUCCAUCCAAAGUCGAAAAAACAGAAUUCAAUACAACAACAACACCUAUUAUUGAAGACAAACAAGCUAUAAAAAUUCCUGAAACAAGUCAAAAAUGGUCAUCAAUUUUUACAAUGAAAUGGUGGUUUGGUCGAACAUUCAUGGCCACUAUACCGACAAACAGAAGCGGUGGCAAAUUUGAUGAUUUGAUUGAUGAUACAUUUCGAAUCGAUAAGCCAAAAACCAAAAAAUCAAAUAAAACCAUUAAAAAUUUGAUGGAAAAAGAAUCAAUUAAUACAACAACCUCUUCCUCAUCUUCCAUCACAAGUGGUCAUGGAACAAAAAAUCGUCGCAAACGAAAUAAACAAAAAAACGAAUAGAAGAGUCGAAAACAAAAACUAAUCAGGAAAUCGCACCAAAAUUAUUCACAUAAAUCAAUAUUAUGUCAUAUUACUCUUUCAAACAUGCUAGUCACACAGUGUUCUUCUAUUUA